GUUCACCACUAGAAUGCAACGCCGUAAGCGCAAGCUGGCAGCACUGUGUGCAAAAAAUACAUACGAUUUAAACUAAUGGUACAAUUACGUAUUACGUGAAAAGAACGCACCGAAAGUAAUAAUAAAGUAAAUCCUUCACAAAAUAGUGUUAUAAAUGCCAACAUAUAAAGCGUGUGUGUGUGCUAUAUUCAAAGAAUCCAAGAGGAAAAGUGAUUCAAACUAGUUUCAGCACCUUGGAUUUCGAUUACAUUUUUCAUCUAUACACUUGCAAAAAGCGACUAGAGCAGCAGCAGCAGCCGAAGCAUUGGAGAACGACGGUAGAGAGAAAGAGAGCGCUAACAAGCGAGAACGUAGGAGAGCCAAAGCCAGACAGGCAGACAGACGGGCAGGCAGACAGCCAGCGCAACACAGCUAACAACAGCGGCCAAAACGCGUUGAAUAGCGACGACAAUAGACAAAUAAAAUUGAUUUCGGCAAUCGAAAAAGCAAACAAAUUAUAAAUCGUUUCCGCAACCGUGCUCUUCAUUAAAAGGAGGGACACAUUAAUGUGUCGUACCUAAAAAACAUUUGGUUAUAUUUUUUUUGCAAACGGCUGAGUAAGCGUAGAAGAGUGCAAAAAACGUACAAAAGAAAGAAAAAAAGGAGCCAAGGAGCAACGAACUGUGUGUGCGGUGUAUGCUCUGAGUGUAAAAGGUCGUUUUACAGCUCAUACAAGAAGACUGAGAAUAUAUACAGCAAACACUCAAGUGAAGAGAAACUACAAAGAAAAGCAACAAUAAAACGUAAGGCGCCAAGGAGGCAACUAAAACAGAUCUCGACCCCCUCGACAUCGACAUUCGCACAGCCCGACUACCGAACGUUCGCAAAUAUCUGCAUCACAAAUAAAUCGCAUCGAGAGCGAUUAGCGUGGAACGCGCGGCGGCAGUAGGCGGCAAAGGAAGCUAACGCUAAUGAGGAUCUAUUGGCAGCAUGAGUACACUGGGGGGAAGUAGGGGAGAGCGAAAUGCCAAGCCCAAAUUCACAGCGUUGGAUAUAAAUCGCAUGUACAAGAAUAGCCGUGGCGAAUCGAGUGAACCAUCUGCCCAAAAGAAUCAAGUGCCGCGUAAACAUGGAAUGCAAAUAUUGGGAAAAGUGCCUUCAGCUAGGCGGCCACCGGCCAAUCUGCCAUCCCUAAAGGCCGAGACCAACAUCAGCAGCAGCAAUAGUGCAACGCCUUUAAGCAACAAUAACACCAACAAUAACAACAAUCUCCUUGCAUCUGUUGACGGCAACAGCAGCAGUACGAUCUGCAGCGGCUCCAACGCAGGAGGCGCAGGCGGAACAGCGAUCAGUGCAGCGGCAACUGGCGCAGGUGCAAACAGCGCUGGUCAUAACAGCAUCUCCACUGGACACAGUAGUGGUAACAGCAGCAUCAGUUCAGCGGGAGGAUCAGCUCUUGGUCACCACCACAAUAACGCUAGCAAAUAUAAUAGCAACAGCAACAGCAGCAACAAUAACAGUACCAGCAACAGUAACAGCCACAGCAGCAACAGCAAUAACAAUAAGAACUUGAAAUUAAUAAACAACUCUGCAACAAGCGGAGGCGCUUCAGCCGGCAGCGGCGGAGCAGGAUCGGGUGGUGUUGCUGCAAGCGCUAGCGGCGGCCACUCAAAUAACUCACCCAAGACAUGGUCAGCGAUAACGACAGGACACGAACGUGCAGGCGGCACCGGUGGCCAUGGUGGCCAUUAUGGGAACCGUCAGGCGCACCAUCAUCAGCCACAACAGCAGGUGGUGCCGCACUAUCAAAGUCCACAGUUUCAAUACGAGUUCCCCACAUUAAUGGGCGGCAGCGGUGGCGCUGCAUCCUCAGGUGGUCAUGCGGGCGCAGCCGGCGGCGGUGGCAAAUCAUCAAAGGAUCAGCAGGCGCAUUACCAGGGACAGCAGCACGCACAUCAUCACCAGAAUCAUCAUUAUCAACAGCAACAGCAACAACAGCGAGAUUAUCGCGAUCAUCAUGGCCAUCAUGGGCGCCAGUUUGGCGGUCACGGUGUACACCACUUGCAUCGAGGCGGUGGCACCAAUAUGGAUCCCGGCAGUUACAGAGAUGGCAGCGACGACGUCGGCGGAGGAGGCAGCGGCGAACUCACCGAGAUGAGCCUGCGGCCCCAAAACGACCCAGCGGCUUGGCUGCAGCAACAGGAGAAGGCCGCCAAGGAGCUCGCUUUGAACCAACAGGGCCAGGGCCACCAGAUACCGGCCAACGGGAGCGGUGCGGGCGCAGGAUCGGGCGGCAGUGUACCACUGCCUAUACUCUCGCUAAUGCCGUCAUUCAUGCGUAGCGGAGCACCGCUGCCCGCCUCUGGAAUAGGAGGUGGGCCUACAAUGGCAGCGGCCGUUGCAAAUGCUGCAUCCAGCAUUGCCUCAGAUCUGGCUUCGUCGGCGCCUGCGCCCUAUCAAAAUGGCAUCACCGGAAACCGAUCCUCCUCGCCGGCCAUUCUAGGCAGCUUUCGUGCUGCGGCUGCAAUUCCGAAGCGACCAGUUGCUGGCAAUGCGGCGAUGACGACGCCACCACCGUCAGCGACAAUGGGAGGAAGUGGGGGCGCGACAACACCUCCGCAGCAACAGCAGCUGCAGACGAAUGGGCCCGGGGGUCGCAAGGACAAGGACAAGGACUAUGUGGUAGAGCCGGAGGUGGCGCAAAUGCAGCGUCCAAUCAUACGUGAAGAGGAUUUGGAGCGUCUGAAUGCGAUUGCCAAAGACGAUAGCUGGACGAAACAGGAUGAAAUUGACUACACAAAGAAACUCACAUUUUCUGAUGACGAGGAGCAUGUCAGCCUAGAGGAUCAGCACCACAAUAACCACAAUAAACAGCAGCAACAGUCAAUCCAAUCCAGCAGCAGCAACGAUCAACGCAAAUCGUCGGGCAGCAGCUCAUGGCAGCGCGGCAAGGAGAGCAGCGAGCGAGACUUGGAUGGCCCCUCUGAUCAGUGUCAGAGUCAAGGUCAGGAUCAGCGACAGCAGAACGGCCACCGCAGCAGCUCGGGCAAUGUGGUCGUUGGCGGCGGAGGUAUUGCUCUUGAUGCCGGCGUCUAUGAGCGUGUCAAGCAGCGUAAAGAAGAGGAGGAGCGCCGUCAGAUGGAACGUAAGCAGGCGGCAGCAAAGAAGCUACAAGAGCUUGAAAUGAAAAUGAACAGCAAGAAGGCACUGAGCGAGAGUAGCGGUGCAAAUACUGCCGGCAGCGAGGCGCCAACCGUGCCCCUGGGCAAUGUCAGCGAGGAUGAGGGCGGAGGUGUUGGACAGCAGCUGCAGCAGCAGCGUCGUCCACGUGGCAGUAUCUCCAGCAUGGGCAGCGCUGGUGGGAAUGGCUCCGCCUCAGUUCCAAUUACCACAUCCGCAGCUGUUGGCGAUUAUAGCCAAAAGCCUGUCUUCAUGACGCAUUUCCAAUCGAAUUUACCGCCGCGUUUCCAGCGCCAGCAGCAGCAGCAGCAACAACAGCAGCAGCAAUUACCACGCGGUGGACUCGAGAAGAGCGCAUCGGCCAGUAGCGCCUUCGAGAACAGCAACUCACGCUAUCUCCAAAAGGGUGGCAGUGGCAACGGCUCCAGCGGUAGUGGUGGUAGUAGCGCAGGCAGCGGUGUGCGAAGCAUCUCUGGCGGCUAUGCGCGUGUGGGCAGCAGCGGCAACUAUGGACGCAAUCGUCAUGACAGUGCCAGAGGCGAGGAACAGGAUGCUACAGCAAUUGGAGCAUCCAGUGCACGCGAUUUGGAGCAGUCCAGAUAUACGCGUGGCCAGGAUUAUCGCAGUGGACAGCAGCAGCAGCAGCAAUUGAUGCAAUCGCGCAGCAUCUCAGAGAAUUCGCAUCGCAAGACGAGCGUUUCCUCCGGCGAUGAUGUUCUCAUGGGUGGUGGCUCGUGUUCCUCUUGGGCGGAGCAAACUGAUGCCGAACAGAAGCAUCAUCGUCAUCGCGAGGAAAGCUUUUCAUCUACGCACAGCCACGAUUCAGCCGUACAGAUAAAAAUACUGCAGCGGCCAGCACGUCAGCCCAGCCUCAGCGAGGAGAAGCCCCUCUCAGUUGGAAGCAACACGCUUCAGAAGCAGCCAUUAGAGUCCAUGCAGCCCAUUCAGCCUACACAGAUAUUGAGACGCAGCGUUGAGCCCGUUGACAAGUUGGAGGAGAAAACCAUUGACCGCGAAGCUGGCGACAAGGGCGCUGAGACAGAGGCAGCCAAGUUAGCAGGAUUCACUACUGUCAAGGAUGAUGACAAGGAGGCGUCGCGAAGCUCAGCGAUAUCUGCCACGGCAACAUCCGCAUCACAGUCUGCGGCUAGCAAGCGACCAAGUCCACGGGGUGGUCGCGGCGGGCGUGAGGAACUGCAUACGACGAGGGGCGCGGGCAGAAGCUAUCCGGCCAGUGGUGCUGGUGGUGGCAGUUAUCGCGGACAGCGCAGCAACAGCGACUGGAGCAGUCGCAACAGCACUGGUGCAGGCAGCAGCGGCCGUCGCUACUAUGGCAGUGGCGGUGAGCAGUCCGAGCAAUCCGAGGACGUAGACGAGGAUUGUUACAGCAGCGGUGGUGGUGGCGGCGGAGCGUCGCGACGCAGUCCAAAAGUGCAAACGCGCUCUGAUCAAAGCAGCAACAGCAGCGGCUCAGGUGUCACGACCACUACCACCGGCCAAUCAGCAGCAGCUGGAGUGGGAGCAGGUGUUAACAAGGCCGGCUUUUCGCCAAGAGGCGAGCCGUCGCGACGCGGACGUGGUGGUCUCUCUAGUGGCGGCAGCUCGACGUCUGGUUUCCGACGCCAGCCAGCGAGUGGAGGACGUGCGUAUGGCCGUUUGGGUUACGAGGAAUAUAGCAAGCAACGCAACUCAGAAUCGGAAGCGGGCACAUUGUCGGACCUAGACAAGACCAAGCAGAAUCAGCUGGCGCUCAGUGCAGGACUGCACAAGGGCAAGGACGAGAAGGAGGAGCUGUUGAUUGACAAGGACAAGAGUGGCGGCAGCAGCACCAACAACAUCAUAAGCAACAUUAAUAUACCCAACACUGCCGUGGCCAAGGAGGAGCCACACAAAGAUGGGCUUGCAACAGGACCAGCAUCGGGAACUGGUACAGCAGCAGGAGCCAGGCCGCCGCCAGGACUGAGCACAGCUGCUGUCGCCUCUGUUGGAAUGCCUCUAUUGGCUGCCCCAGGCAGCGAUGUGUCUGGCAAAAAGAAGACUAGCGAAUGCACAACAAUUGCGCCGCCAACGGCAGCAACAGCAACAACAACAGCGCCAAUCGGCGACAAGUCCAAGCUAUCGGUCAUUGGCGACAAGAGCGCCAUUGGUGUGGGCGUGGUUGGAGCUGGCAAUCUUUUGAUAGAUGCCAAUGCUCCAGUGAACACCAUCAUCUUCGAGAACUCCACGUAUAAGCAGCAGCAGCAGCACCAAGUGGCAGCCACUGUGCCACUCAAGCAGCAAACCCUGGGAGGAGCAGUUGCCGCCGCAGCCGUCGAAAGCUUAUCGAGUGCGCUUUCGCAGAUGAGCUUUGGCGGCAAUGACGAUGAGCAGCAGCAGCAGGACAUGAAAUUGGGCUUUAGCUUCAGCGAUGAUGCUGCUUCUCUCAAGGUAGUUGACAGCCUGGAAGCGGCCAGCAAGGCAGCCACUCAACACCAGCAGCAGCAGCAGCAACAACAGCAUCAACAGCAACAACAACAACAACAACAUCAGCAGCAGCAAAAUAACUCUACGGCUGAUCUGAACAUGAAGAUAGCGAGCGUGAAAAAGGUGUGGGAAUCGGCCACGCCCAUGUCGGAGGCAACUCAACAGCCAAGCCAUACGGGUAGUGCACAGCAGCAACAGCAGCAGCAGCAACAGCAGCAGCAACAACAGCAGCAGCAGCAGCAGCAGCAGCAACAGCAGCAACAGCAGCAGGUCUCGAGCUCAGUGGUGGAUGACAGUGGCAGUCAUAUAAGUGGUGCAUCUUUUGUAGCCGCUGUGGCUGCCUCACAGCAGCAGCUCCACCAGCAACAGAUGUCCCACUAUGCCGUCUCAGCGGUGCACAUGCAGGGCCAUCACCAGCAGCAGCAGCAGCAGCAACAACAGCCCUCACACCAUCAGCAGCAGCAACAGGCACAUCAUGCUCACCAUGCAUUGUCUUCGCCGGGACCAGUCUAUGGCAGCCACGGAUCGCCCUUCGACACUGGAUCGCUGGAUCAACAAUUCCAGCAACAGCAGCAGCAGGAUGACUAUCCCAGCCCGCAGCAGCAGCAACAUUCGCAACAGCAUCAGCAGGUGAAGGCCAAGCAGCUGCACGCUGGCCUGGGCAUGUCUCCGCCGCCUAGCCAUCAACAGCAACAGCAGCAACACUCGCAGCAGCAGCAACAUCAGUCACAGCAGCAGCAACAGUUGCCGUUCUAUCAGGCAUCGCCGCAGUUUGGCGUCGGCGGCAUUCCAACGAUUCCCAGCCCGCCGGCGGUUGUGUUCAAUUCAUCGCAGUUGGCGCCGCCGCCACCACCAUCGCAGGCGGGCAAUCUGUACGCUUCAUUCCAUUCGCUUGAUCAUUCGAACCGCUCGCCCGCAUACUCAGCGGCCGCCGCCGCGGCGCAUUGCCUGCCCGGUCAUUAUGCGGCCGCAGCAGCAGCGGCAGCCGCUGGCGGUGCCUUCAAUGCGUACGCCAUGCAAACGCCGCAUGGCCAUGGCGGCAAUAUGCCGCCACCGCCUACAGCGCCUACGCCGGACAUGUACUCCAAUAUGCCGUCGCAGUACCGGAUUGGUAGUGGGCCUUUUGGCCAACCGCAGCCCAAUUCGCAGCAGCUGAACAACCCCAAUGCUGCCGCCGUAGCCAUCAUAUCCUCGAACAGCAGUUCCAUGAUGUCGUCGGGCGCGGCCAAGCCGCCGCCGCCCAGUCAACAGCCCAUCGGAGCAAUUGGCUCCAAGUCGGCGGGCAGUGGGGGCGGUCCUGGACCUGGGCCCGGACCCGGUCCGGGCCCAUAUACAACUGCCCAGCACUACAUGAAUAUAUAUGCCGGACCGCAUCCAGGCCAGGGCGGACCACCGCCCGGCACCCAUCAACUGCAGUCGAACAGCUACUACUCAAAUUCGGCACCCGGAGGUCCGAGCGGUCCCCAGUACUAUGGCGGCCCAUCUCAGGGCGCCGGGGGUGGGGCUCAGAAUUAUGGACUGGCCACCGCGGCUGGCAUGUACGGCGGCCAUCAAGGCGGCCCGCCCGGCUCCAAUGGUCCUCCUGGUCCACAGUCACAGCACACGAUGAGCAACUUCAACACGCAGUUCAUGAACUCACAGCUUUUAUCGGCGGCGGGCAUGAGCCAGUUCCGCAGUGGGCCGACGCCCGGCGGUGGCUACCUGAAAAACAGCCAAGGCCAGGGACACAUGCAGGACUCGAUGGGCAGACAACUGAAGAGUCCAUUGAGCGCUGACAUGAGCCUGGGCCUGGCCAAGCAGGGGCAGUCGCAGCCUAGUCCGCCGCAUCACAAGAACUAUGGCGGCUGGGACCUGCAGAAUCAGGUGCUGCAGCAACAGCAGCAGCAGCAACAGCAGCAACAACAACAACAGCAGCAGCAAUCUCAGCAGCAGCGUCAGGGUGGCAACGGCAGCAACAUGAAUGCACUUGGCGGUCGCGGCAGUGGUGCCGUGGGCACUGGCUCCGGCGGCUCUCAGGUGGUGGGUGGUGGUGGCAACGGUGGCGUUGGCAGCGUGGGGCAGAGCAGCGGCAGUGGCCAGGGUCGAUAUCCGGCGCCAAUACAGCGACCAAACAACUAUCCACAGCAUCCGCAGCAGCAGCAGCAGCAACAGCAACAACAGCAACAGCAGCAACAACAGCAACAACAGCAGCAGCAGCAACAGCAACAGCGCGAACAGGCAGCGGCGGCGGCGCAGCGCGCCCAAAGCAUGCGCCAAGUGACUGGAGGUGGCGCAGCCGGCAGUGCCGGCAAUAGCAACGCGCCCGGCGUGCCACCUGGCGCCAACGGCGGCCCUGGUGGCCCAGGCGGAGCCGGCGGCGGCAACUCCCCCGCAGCAGCGGCUACGGCGCAGCUCAGCAAGCCCUACUAUUCAAAUAAUGCGGCGGGCGCUGGCGGCGCCAACCGUGGUGAGUGGCAUGCCAAUUGAGCCUCCGAUCGAACCAAUGGCGGCAUCGCCCAGUAAACCCCUCGCACACACAAACACACUCACACACACAGAUCUUCACAUACACACACAUACACGCAGACAUAGAUCUACAUACAAUGGCGCGAUUCAGCAAUGAAUCAUUGAAGCGACAACGCAAGCGAAAUAUUUACUUAUACAUACAUAAUACACACAUAUACACACACAUAUAUAAACGUAUAUAACACUAAAUAGAACAACGGGAAGAGCAGAAAACGCGAAUUAUUAGCGAAAGCAACAAACAAUGAGAGAAACGAACUAACAAAAGCGCAAAAAUAAUUAAAUCUUCAAUAAAAGAAAUCGAAAAAAAAAAA